AUGGGUCCGCGGGCCUUCCAGGUGGAGAUCUACAUUGAGGUUCUGGCGUUGGCCAUAGCCGAGGCGCCGCGCAGCCACGCCGCCGGGUGGCGGCCAGCGCCGCCGGCCCUAGCCGCCGCGCGGCCGCCCCUGGACGCUCGGAGCCCGCAGGGCCCAGUCUUGUCACUGGUGAGGGAGGACUUCGUGGUGGUGUCGAAUCCCUCCUGGAUGGGAAGUGGACGGCGCCGCCGCCGACGCUGUCCAGGAGACUCUGGAUUGUUGCCGCUGUCCGAGUUCCUCCGCCACGAGUUCCCCAGGCGCGGCAUCCUGUCCGACCCGCGCGCGGGGUUCGGCUUCUUGGGGCGCCUGGACGGGAUGUCCUCUGGGCUGGUGAUGUGCGCCCUGACCUACGAGGCGCACUUGCGGCUCCAGCUGCGGCAGGACGCGCACCUCGUGGCGCGCGAGUACGUGGCGCUCUGCCACGGCCACGUCCCCUCGGCGCUUGCAGAGCUCUGCGGGCCGGUUAUAGAUCUCAAGGUCAGCUGCUCGCUCAUCAGGGGCAGGCAGCACCGUGGGUCGGUGAUCUGGGUGGUUGGAGCGAGCCCGGUGUCCGAAGCGGCCGCCCAGGACCUCGGACCCACGAUGGUGGAGGAGGGCGUCGCGCCCACGGCUGCCGCGGAAGUGGCGCGGCCUGUGGCAGGCCGCCGCCUCGUCCGCUCCGUGCUCGCCGCGGCCACCGCGCUGCUCUUCGGGUUCGCCGCGCAGGCCGCGAGUCUGCACCACGCGUGCGGCCUCGGCCUCCGAGUGGACGGCGUGCACGUCUCCUCCGCGCCGGAGGGCGCGGACUCCGCCGACGUGAUGCUCGACGCAGGCUUGGUGCGGCCUGACUGGUCUCCGCACCGCGCCUGGCUCCGGAGCGCCACGUGCCAGCUGCGGAUGCGCGACCUGGACGUCGCCGUCGAGGCCCCGGACGCGCAGCAUCAGGGCCUGUCGCGCGUCAAGCUCCACGCCCGCACGCGGGUCACGUCCAGCGUGGACCUCUUCGGCCUCGGCCUGCGCGUGCCGUGGACGGCGUGGCUGCCCGUGGACCUCGCGGAUGCGAAGGCGCCCAAGAUGUGGAUGCAGCGCAGCGGAAGCGUGACACGGAAGGGCCCUUGGUCGCUGCAGAGCCCCAACGUGACGCUGGAGCGGCCCGCGCUGGUGGGCUUGCGGGUGCCCGCGGGGAGUUUCCCCGAGACCCUGGAUGGCCUGCUCGGGAGGGCGAGCAUCAGCCUCGACGCCGCCGUCGCCUACGAAGAGAGCGGGGACCGCUCCGUGCGGCUGACACAGGCGGUCAACGCCAGCCUGGUCAUCGAGAGCGACAGCGAGGGCGGCUACGUGGUCUCCGCGCCAGCCCUCGUCACCGGCCACGUGCGCCCCGCCGCCUUCGCGGCCGCCCUCGGGAAGCUGCUCGUCGGCGACUCGUGCGGGGAGCGUGGCGGCGUCCACCGCUCGGUGCGGAUGGCCGCGGUGGCGCCGUCGUCGAAGGCGGCGCAGUGCUUGGGCGCCUCCCACGCGGUGGGCUGGUGCAGCCGCAGGGCGUCGGCCGUGCACGACCUGUCGCGCGGCGCGAGGCGGCUGCUGGGCCGCCGGCUGGCAAGGUCGCUGCGGGGCUCCGCCGGCGAGCGGCUGGUGCAGCAGCCGCCGCGGGACGGCCGUCGCCUGACUGGCGAGAGCACCGCCGUGACGUUCUCGGAGCUGAUAUACGCAGAUGGGUCCGAGAUCGACAUUGAACUCAAUGCCACCAUGACUGACAACGCUAUCGGUUUCGACUUGCAGUGCGGGAUGGACGAGGCGACCCAGUUUGAAGUGCACCUGUCUGCUGCGGACUCUGCCGAGGCAGGGGGGGCCUCCCUGGAUUUAGCCGUCGGGAUAUCAGACGUGGAGGUUUCCAAGGUCGAGUGUUCUUUAACCGACUCGACCGACGAGACGACGAUCUCCGUGCUGAUCAAGGCCCCAGACAGUGGCGAUACCAUCGCCAGCGUGUCUGCCUCCUCGAGCGCAAGCGCUGGCGAAUCCCUCUCGGCUCGCGUCUAUAACCCCGAGGAUGGCACAGAGUUCAUUACCAUCACGGGUACAAACAGCAGUGCGUCCAUGAGCUUCUCGGCGGUCGUGAAGGACCCCAGUGAUUCCUCCAGCACCUUGCUCGACGCGUCUGCCGGGGCAACCUACGCUGGUGCUGACACGGAGGACGGCACCUUGGAGGUCACGGUAAGCGUUGGAGGUGAGCAGAUCGUGUUGAGCGGAACCUUGACGGAUUCCUAUCGCACACAGGGCGGUUUUACCAUGGACGCCUCUCUCUCGAUUGUUGGUAGCACCGCAGGGCGGGUCGACGUCGAUGGCACCCACGACGACACUGGCUUGACUGCCGUCGCGUUGGUUGAAGCGUCCUCAGAUGGCAGCUAUCAGCAGGUUCUCAAACUGGACCUUUUGAUCCUUGUGACGAAGAGUACGAAUUACACGGUACACGCCACCGCCCACGACAGCAGUGACACAGAGAUGGGUACAGCUGGCGUGUCGCUCACCAAUGAACCUACCAGUGGGCAAGUGCAAGAUGUGGACAUCAAUAUGUUCAGCCCCAUGGACUCCAGCCUCAACGUUACCAUGUCCGUUUCAUUGGCCAGGGGACUACUCGACAUGCUCACAGACGCAGCGGAGAUUCCAUGCCUGCAGAGUUCGUGCUCCGUGGAUGUGGGGCUGCACAGCCAGCACAUGGAUUUGGUUUUUUGUCGAUGA